AUGACAACGCUAUCAACAUCCCGCGGCCACCAGGCCCUCGCCGUCAGCAUUGUGUUUACAACUACGGCAACAAUCAUUACUGCCGUCCGUAUAUAUACACGAGCAUUUCUCGUAAAACAGAUGGGAGCGGAUGACUAUGUUAUUUUAGUCUCUCUGGCCUUUUCGUGGAUUUUCUUCGGCCUCAUGGUAGGCGAAGUCUACCACGGUAUGGGCGAGCAUUAUACUGCUAUCCCCGCCUCAAUCUUCAAGGCUCAGAUGAUCUAUUUCUGGGCUUCAAUUCCCAUAUACCAAACAAGCCUUAUCAGCACAAAGAUGUCAAUCCUUCUCCAAUACAAACGAGUCUUCUCAACGCCACGCAUGCGCUUGGCAUGCUGGCUCAUGAUCGGCAUUCUAGCCGUCUACGGAACCUGGACUAUCAUCAGCGCCUGGGCUAACUGUGUUCCUCUCGCUAAGUUCUGGGAUCCAACCGUCCCAGGCUUCUGUUUCGAUAAGAAAGCCUUGUGGUUCUCGAACUCGGCUAUCCACAUUACAACCGAUAUUGCCAUUCUCAUAUACCCAAUGCCAGUACUGAAAUCCCUGCACUUACCCAAGAGGCAAAAGUUCGCUCUCAUGGCUGUUUUCGCCCUAGGCGGAUUCGUCUUGAUCACAAGUAUACUCCGUCUCAGUUCUCUCCUUACUAUCUCCAACUCAAAUGACCCAACCUACGACAACGUUGGCGCAGCAACCUGGUCCGCCGUCGAGUGCAACGUAGCAAUUAUCUGCGCCUGUCUCCCUGGCACACGCGCCUUCCUCUCCAAGCUCCUGCCGCAUAUUUUCUCCACCCGAAGCAACGGCUACCGCAGCAAGACGACACGGCCUUCGCGAAUCAGCCGCGGUGCUCUCACAGGAGACGGAAAUACGCAAGUCCUGGCCUCUGUCGUUGGUGGACGUGAACAUAGCUCGGAAUACGAUCACGAUCUGGAAGAUCUGUCGCCGUCUGGCUCCUUUCAUAGCUAUGCAAAGGAGCCUGUGAAGGAAUCCUUUGCGGGUAUCAAGGUCACGACCAAUGUUACCCAAGAAAGGACCUCGCAUUCGAACAUUGUUAUUAAUGAUCAUCUGGGCAGUACGAAAGAGUUGGUGACGAAGCAUGGCUUUUGA